AUGCUGUCUGAACCGUUGGCUUUCGCUUACGCUGGAUGGAUUGCGGGUACAAUACUCAUCAUCUUAUAUGGCCUUAUCAGUUGCUACACAGCCAAACUCCUUGCUCAUAUCAUCUUAGCGGAUCCCAGACUUCGUUCGUAUGCCGAUGUUGGUAGAAAAGCCUUCGGAGCGAGGUCUACCGUGGUCAUUAGCAUCAUGUUUUGUCUUGAGUUGUUCGCAGUUAGUGUCAUUCUAGUGACUUUAUACGCCGAUUCUUUGCAUGCUAUUAUACCCAAGUAUUCCUCUGACACCUACAAAAUAUGGGGUUUGCUUCUCUUGAUACCAAUGGUGUUCUUACCUCUAUCUCUCCUGUCGUACACCUCGAUUCUGGGCAUUAUAUCUACGAUCAUGAUGAUAAUCGUGAUUCUAUACGAUGGUCUGUCAAAACCAGACGCCCCGGGAAGUUUACGCACCCCCGCUGAGACUUCUUUCACGAUCUCGAGCUGGCCCAACUUGGGAAUUGCGUAUGGACUGUUCAUGGCAGGAUUUUCAGGGCAUGCAGUGAUCCCAUCUCUUGCUCGCGACAUGAUCGACCCCGAGGAAUUCGACACAAUGAUAAACUGGGCUUUCCUUGUCGCCACCACUGUUUAUGCCCUCAUCGGCUAUGUGGGAUACCUCAUGUUCGGUUCAAACGUGAGCGAUGAGAUUAGUAUGGAUCUUCUGAAAACGCCAGGAUACAAUCCAGUCAUGAAUCAAGCAGCCUUAUGGAUGCUUGUCAUAAGUCCUUUAUCCAAAUUCGCUCUUACGACGCAACCGCUGAAUGCGGUCCUCGAAGUGUUAUUUGGUAUCGAGCCUGCCGCUGCAUCUCCCGAAGAAAUGGCGCUCAAAAUGUCUACUCCUGUUCCUUGGUCCUAUAAGGCCCUCUUGGGCGGCACUCAGAGAGUUAUCGUGACGAUAGCCUCUGUCGCAGUUUCUGUCGCCGUUCCUGAAUUCAGUGCGCUGAUGGCUUUCCUCGGCUCUUUUUCAGCCUUUAUGAUCUGCAUCAUCGGGCCUGUCGCAGCGAAAAUAGCGGUCGAGAGGAAGUGUGGGAUUUUGGACGCAUUUAUAUUGGGGGCGGGCAUAGUGAUGGCCAGUUGGGGCACGGUCGCAGCGUUCUUAAUCGCCUAA